AUGGCACUAUUCAAAAUAAUCUCUUCUAGUGAUGAUGCAUUUGCACCACUGUUGAACCCACUUGUCAAAGCCACUUUGGAAAAAGUCUUUAGGGCACUCCUUCACCCAGCGUCAUUCACUUCACCUGCAUCAUCUAAGCAUCGCCCCAAAGACUUUCCUUUAUUUGACCGAACAAGUGGAAGUUUAAGGGUGCGAGAUCGGGGCUGUAA